UAAAGAAAUAAAGUAAACCAAAUUAGACUUCGUCCUCAAACUUUCAGUCAUCGUCUGAACCCUCUCCACAAAAGCCUCCGACUUUCAACUCCUUCCAGAAAGUGCCUCCAACACGCUUCCAACGCCGACCCCAAAAAGGAGCACUAAAACUUGCUUUCCCCACAAUUCUAGGGUUUAUUCGAUCAAAAAAAUUCACAAAAUUCUAGAAACAAAGAGAAAAAAGAUAAAAAAAAGGGAAAAUGGAGGGAGAGCGUAGAGUUGUCUCCGGCUGCCCAAACGCCGGCAAUCCUUUCCAUGAGUGCGCUGAUUACUGCAACGGCCAGCGAUCGAAGAAUCCUAGUAAGCUCAGGAUCGACAACGGAGGAGGAAAAACCCCAGUUCGAAGCGGGGAGGGAUUGAAGAAUGUCGAUCCUGAUUGCGUUAAUGCUUCGAAUCCAUUUCAUCAGUGCGCGGAUUAUUGUACGAAGAAAACGAGCGAAAAUGGAAAAUCAGGUCGUUUUGCAUUUCCAGUAUUAUUAAAACUUUCUCCGAGAUCAUCCAGUGGUCGAAGUGAUGGGGGCAAAUCAGUUCCAAAUGGGAAGAUACUCGGAGUAGAUGGACGAAAAGUUGAUCCCUAUUGCAUCAAUGCAUCCAACCCCUUUCACCGGUGUGGGGAUUAUUGCACUAAUAAAACAAAGGAUGUAGAGAGACAAAUCAGAACGGGCAAAACAGCUCAAAAUGGAGAAUUAAGCAAAGAAGUUAGGAAGAUAGGAGGAGGAAGUAAAGUCGACCCAACUUGUGCCAAUGCUUCCAAUCCUUUCCACCAAUGCACUGAACACUGCUCUGAAGGAAGCUCAGGAGCAAAAAGGGGAACAUUAGGGGCUUUACUUGCAAGAGAAAGUGAUGAAGAAAUGUCGACUAGAGAAAAUAAGAAGGAAGUGAUAAUUAGAGAGAGGGGCAAGGUGGAUCCUAGGUGUCCAAAUGCAUCAAAUCCCUUCCACGAAUGUGCUGAAUACUGCCUUCCAAAAAUCAGUGGCUCUGUUGGGAGUGAGAAAGGCAAGCCAGAUAGAAGCAAGGGAAGUGCAAGUAUUUUGUUUGAGAAAGGAGAUGUUGAUCCUAGGUGCGUGAAUGCUUCCAAUCCGUUCCACAAAUGUGCUGAAUAUUGCGUUCAGAGAAUUCGUGAAACAACGUAGCUGAUUCAGGGUCAGUCUGUUUCCUUAGACUAGACAUUAUGUCUGAACCGCCACAGAUUUUGCAUCAGGAGUGCUGAUCGGUUAUGAGCUUGAGCUCGCUCUUUGUGAAUCUGAUCCUCAGCAAAUUGUUCCAUUAAGGCGACAAGCUGAGCCCAUACUUGAAGGAAAUAUAUACAAUCAUGUUGACUGAAGUAGAGCAUGCAAUUAUUUAUUGUUGAAAUGUAUAUCAAGCCUUAUAUAGUAUAUAUAUUAUGUAAAGCUGGAUUAGUCCCUUGAACUCAGUAAGGUUGUGUAUGGAUUAUUUAAUUCUACUAAGGGUUUUUGUUGUCUAAUAUAAUUUUUUUUACGCCUCUA